AUUUUUGUUUGUGUUAAUACGAUUCGGGCAGUCGUUUCACUCGGUGUUGUUAUGCGUGCUCUGUACAGUUAUAAAUUUUGUGCAAUACUGUUAUAAUACAAGUGCAGAAUAAUACAAGUGUAUAUUUUAAAUAUUCAACGUGCCGUGAAUUUCACUCAAUCACGACAAUGUCGGCCAAAGACAAGCGCAAGUCAGGAUCCACGUAUAGAUCCAUAGAAGCCAAUAAUAAAAAGCUUGAUGCUGAAUUGUUUGGAGAGAGUAGUGAAGCUGGGCCAAGUAAUAUUCAGACAGCUACGUCAAAUGUAGAGUUCAGUGAACACCCGCAUUGUGGUAAGUGCAAAAAUAAAAAUUUUAAUUAAUGACCAAUGCAAAUUAAACACAUUUAUAAUACUUUUUUUUAUUUAUUCAUUGCAGAGAACCAUCCUUGUCCAUUUGAUGAAUACAUCUUGCAAGAAGAAUACGUCAGUGAUUGGGUUACUAUCGAUGCAUUCGACGAUAUGGAAGUAUAUGAAGAGGUCAACGAAGAUUACGAUGAAGCUGAGGAAACUAUACACAGUACACAAGAGUCUCAACACGAAGAGGAACCAUUUGAUGAGCUUAUUCGAAAUUGGGCAUUAAAAACAUACCAAACACAUCAAGCGCUAAAUGGACUAUUAGAAAUUUUACGUAAAAAAACGGACUACCAACUGCCGAAAGAUGCUCGCACGUUGCUUAAGACAAGGCAAUGUGGAAAAGAAACGUACCCUAUAGCAGGGGGAGAAUUUUGGUUCCCUGGGGUACGAUCGGUUCUCAAGGAUCACUUUCGCGAUGUACCACCAAGAGUCGGGGAACAUUGCAUCACCAGCAAUAUACAUAGUUUGUUGCAUGUGUAUGAUGAUGUAGACAAAUUCGGCCCGCUUUACACCAUUUCAUCUUAUCCCUUUGAAAAAUCAUAA